CGGAAGUUUGAAGUCUUCCAUAAGCUGUAAACAAUUAUAUUUCAGUCGAACAUGUCUCCUUACUUGCUGUUUGAGGGAUUGUCCAUAUGGCUGGCAUGUUUCUGCAUCACCUUGCCUGUUUUAGCAAGUCAUGGACAGGAGAUGGAGCCAACACAACACUGGGCGUAUGUUGAUGUACGGGACAAGGCACACAUGUUUUAUUGGCUGUACGAGUCCCCAAAAUCAGGCUCUGAUGUUCCUCUGGUCAUGUGGCUACAGGGUGGACCAGGAGGAUCGUCCACUGGAUUUGGUAACUUUGAAGAGAUCGGACCAUUAGAUGUUGAUCUGAAGUCACGCAACACAACAUGGCUGUCCGUAACCAGUCUCCUGUUUGUAGACAACCCUGUGGGAACUGGUUUUAGCUUUGUCGACACUCCAGAUGCCCUAACAACGGAUGUUGAUAUGAUAGCAGGAGACAUGCUUGUCCUGUUGAAGUCUUUCUUCAUGGAAUCAAAAUGGGGUAUAAAAUACCAGAAGUCUCCAUUCUACAUAUUCUGUGAGUCUUAUGGGGGAAAGAUGACAGCUGCCAUAAGUAAUGUUUUAUAUCAGGCUAUUCAAAGUAAAGAACUACAAUGUAAUUUCAAAGGAUUGGCACUUGGAGAUUCAUGGAUAUCCCCAAUAGAUUCAAUGUUAAAUUGGGGUACAUAUUUACAUACCAAUUCUAUUGUAGAUAAACAGGGCAUGUCGCUGAUCAAUGCCUCAGCCUACAAGGCAUUAGAAUACAUCCAGUCUGACCAGUGGACAAAGGCAACUGACCAGUUCAAUAUAUGUGAGGGGGUUGUGGAGGAAAACUCAAAUGGAGUUAAUUUCUACAAUAUUCUGAAGUGGGGUUCUGAGAAGUCGAGAGAUGGUAGCCUUGUUCAAAGGAGAUACAAUGGAGAAGGUAAGAAAACCAGCCCAAGUUACGGUAGAACCCAGAAUAUUGAGAGUUUUACAAACAGACAAAUUGACAGCCUUGAUGAAUGGAGCUAUCAGAAAAAAGCUAAAGAUCAUUCCUUCAUACAGGUCCAAUGGGGAGGUCAGAGCGAGGAGGUGUUCCAGUACAUGAAGGCAGAUUUCAUGAGACCUGUUGUUGAUAUAGUCAAUAGAUUAAUUAAGGAGACAAAUCUACAUGUGGUUGUGUACACUGGCCAGUUGGAUCUGAUCUGCUGUACCCCAGGAACAGAGAAAUGGGUGGAAACUCUGGACAUCUAUCCUGAAUUCUUUACCUCCAAGAGAACAGCCAUAUCAGACCCUGUGACUGGCCUUACCUCAGGGUUCGUGAAAACCUACAAAAACUUUGCGAUGUACUGGAUUCUGGGAGCUGGACACAUGGCACCACAGGACAAUGGAAAUACUGUGCUUACCAUGGUCAAGAGAGUGACAGCAAGUCAUGUGCAUAAUUCCCCAAAAAUUCCCAAUCUAGCUUCUUCAAUCCUACACUGGAUAAAGAGAUUAUCACCGAUGAUUUGACUCUGAUAAACUGAUAGUAAAAUGAGUUUCAACAUUUUGAAUACAAAACUAUGAAAAGGCC